AUGGCUGAGCAGUUCUGCCAAUCCACCGGUAUUCCGUCAGAGUCCGUGUCUGAGGCCUUAGCAAUUUCGACUCCCAUGAGGAAGUCUGUCGUGUUGACCCGUCGCUACCCGUCUUGCCUAGUGUUAGUGGGCAAGAUGUUCCUUCCUGUCGAUCUGUUCGUGAUGCCGAUGACAGGCGUUGACGUUAUUCUGGGUAUGAACUGGCUUGCGGAGUAUUGUACCAUCUUGGACUGUUCGGCGAGGAUAGUCAUGUUUCACAUUCCCGGCUUGCUAGUGUUUUUGUUCGUCGUCAAGCCCAGAGGAGAGCCAUUAUCUAGUUUCUUGGCUUCUGUCGUCAAGGAUUCUGUGACAGGGUGUAUUGAGCAGCUACCAGUUGUCUGUGAGUACCUGAAUAUGUUCUAG